GCCAAAGGACAAGGAGAGAGACUUAGACAAGAAACAGGUGCAACUUUUCAACAAAGAAAGAGAGAAAGUGGAAUAACUCUGCAAAUUCAAAACACGAAUGAGUGAUUUAAAAGCCCAAAACCAAAAAGGAAACCAAGCUGGAGGAAGAAAAGGAGAGUCCGGCCAUGGAGACUGCAGUGGACGAGGAUUAUAGGACAUUCACUAACAUCUCUCUGGCAGACGACACAGGGUCCUGCGCACGCGCAGUGCCUACCGCGCCCCCUGUCGGUCAGUGUGGUCACUUACACACAGGGAGGCGGUGAUGACGUCGUCGACCCCCUAACCCAGCUAACAUCAGCACCACGGAGCCUUCAGUUUGUUUAACGGGUCAUUUUCUUGCUGUAGGUUUGCUGACUGCUUCCUCGCUGAUCAACCCACGGCCCUCUACUACACCUGACUGUGCAUUUUGCAAGUGGACGGUGAAUCUGCAGUCCUGUAUACUAAACAGGAGAACACGCUUUUGGACAUGAACUGCGACAUAGAUGGAGACAUGGAGAACCAGGUGGAGGUGGAGGAGAAGACCAGGUUAAUAAAUCAAGUUCUGGAGCUUCAGCACACACUGGAAGACCUGUCGGCACGAGUCGAUGCAGUCAAGGAGGAGAACCUGAAGUUAAAGUCCGAGAACCAGGUCCUCGGUCAGUACAUCGAGAACCUCAUGUCGGCCUCCAGCGUUUUUCAGACCACUGACACCAAGAGCAAAAGGAAGUGAGCCAUCCACGGAUUAACAACCAGAGAUUCCAGGUCAGAAGCUAGGAGGGGGAAACCCACCGCGAAGACACAAGGGGGUUUGCUUUCUCAGCAGACCUGGGUGUAUUCUGUAAGUGUUUGAGCUCUUUUCCCGGAGUCACAAUUAACAAUUUAACAAUUCAAAACAUAAAACGGACAUUGUUGCCUGUCCAGUUGGCUCAGACAUAGAUACAUUUCAUUUUAGUGUGGCCCAGGUAGACUUUACCCUUUAACUGGCAACAAAAAAAUGCAACCAGAGUUUCUUCUUCAUGCUCUCUGUCCCCGUAGUGUCUGUAAAAUAAUUCUUAGCCAUGUUUUUUGCCUGUUUGUUUUAAUGUUUCAAGACAAUUUUGGACUUUUUCUGUGUUUUUUCCCCAACGUUCUCACAGUGUUCCUGUCCCUACUAUAGGUGGGCUAAAACAAACCAUGAUUUAUCUUAUUUAUUUUUGGAAAGUAUUAUCAGCUGGAUCUGAGUUUUUGGUAGCCCUCUGAUGUUAUUGUCUGUAUUAAGCAUGACUGUGUUCCUCCACUUACAAGCUGGAAAACUUGACAGUGUCACUGAAAAUGAAAAACAACAACAUAUGCUUGGCAUGUAUGAUCAUUACACCUCUGAACUGUUUUAGCCUAACUAAUGAAAUGCUAUGAAUGACUAGUCAUGAAAUGAGGAAGGUAUGGAGAACUUCUUAAUAGUAGGUGAAUACUACUGUAGAUACAUUCAGGUACUGUAUAGAGCUCUGCAACGAUACAGGUAAAAGCACAGAGAAACUAAAAGUUUCGUUUCCUAGCACUCCUUAGAAAAUGUGGGUCCUAUCUAACCGCAGUGAUGUUUGUUAUUUCUUUUAUUUCAUUUUAUUGAUUAAGAUUGAAAUCCCCCAUAACACCAGGUUUUCUUUCUGUACCUGAACACAUUUGCAACCCUUUACAUUUAUUAAGUCAUACCAUGACCGUAAUGCAAGACAGACUGAGUAAGUGAUAAGACAUACCUUGCAUAUGUUUUGGCUUGUGUGCUUCUCCUGUGAUGGGUGAGGAGGGGGCUGAACGACACAGGGAGGAGGUGAGGAGGGACUAAAAGAAAAAAUAAAAUGCUUUCCCCCUUAACAGCAAGAACAAAAGCAGUAGAGGCCUUGAGUGCUAUUGAUCCAUGGUGUGAGGAGGCCUGCAGCACAUAAGGAUGGGUCUGACCGUAAAAUGCGAUGAUGUCCUCACUACAUCAGAGUGGAGGGUGUGUUGUCCGCUGCCUCAGUUAAAGACACGAAAAAAAAGGUUCAAGUGGAUGGGGAAUAUGAAAAGUAAGAUGAACUGAACAAGCUUUUGUUCUCUUUAAAUUUAAUUAUCCAGUAGAGAUUAAUGAUGAAUGAAUUUGGGUGUAAACAAGCGGUGGUUCACUGUAAAAAAAAAAGAAGAAAAAAAGGGAGGAAUUGGUGAUGUUCGGUAGGCUUUAAACUGUAUAUCCUGUAAUCUAUGGAAGUUAUUUUGAUAUUUUUAACAGUUGUACAGCAGUUGAUUCAUUUGUGUCUGACCUGCUAAGUAAGCCCCACCCUAAACACACCCUAGUGACACCCUGCACCUCUGCCUUUUAAACGUGUUUUGUUUUAAUAAAAUCCUGAGAUCA